GGUCCGGGACUCGGAAGCCGGAAGUCAGGCCCUGGGGUCCACGCUGAACCCUGGCCGCGCUCCCUCGGUGCGCCUGCCUGGCCUGUGUGUUUAUGCCCAGACUCGGUGCCCGCUGCCGAACUUGGUCUCAGGAGGGUUCCAGGCGUUGGGCUGUUCCCAGUUUGCAAGUUGGGGACCUACAGUGCGGUCACCAGCCAGCGGAGGGCGUGCCACAUCAGAGUGGUCCAAAGUGACUACAGUCUAGCCAUGGGGACCGCACUCGUGUACCAUGAGGAUAUGAUGGUCAGCCGGCUGCUCUGGGACGACCCCGAGUGCAGGAUCGAGUGUCCGGAGCGCUUGGCCGCAGCCUUGGACGGCCUUCGGCAGUACGGCCUGGAGCAGAGGUGCCUGCGCUUAGUAGCCCGCGAGGCCUCGGAGGAGGAGCUGGGCCUGGUGCACAGCCCUGAAUAUGUGGCCCUGGUGCAGAGGACUCAGGCCCUGAGCAAGGAGGAGCUCCAGGUACUGUCUGGACAGUACGAUGCCGUCUACUUCCACCCGAGUACCUUUCACUGUGCCCGGCUAGCUGCCGGGGCUGCCCUUCAGCUGGUGGACGCUGUGCUGACAGGAGCCGCACACAAUGGGCUGGCCUUAGUGAGGCCUCCUGGGCACCAUAGCCAAAGGGCAGCUGCCAAUGGGUUUUGUGUGUUCAACAAUGUGGCAAUAGCAGCUGAACAUGCCAAGUGGAAACACGGGCUGCACAGGAUCCUCAUUGUUGACUGGGAUGUCCACCAUGGCCAGGGUAUUCAGUAUAUAUUUGAAGAUGAUCCCAGUGUCCUUUACUUCUCCUGGCACCGCUAUGAACAUGGGCACUUCUGGCCCUUUCUGCAAGAAUCCAACGUAGAUGCAGUAGGGAGGGGGCAGGGGCGAGGCUUCACUGUCAACCUGCCCUGGAACCAGGUUGGGAUGGGAAACGCUGACUACCUGGCUGCCUUCCUGCACACGUUGCUACCACUGGCCUUCGAGGUGACUUUUCGGUGGGGGCUCUCUAGGGCAGAUGACCCAUGCCUGCUCAUAGUUCCACCACAGAGGAAGAGGGUUGUCAUCCGCUUCACCUGUUUUGACCCUGAGCUGGUGCUGGUCUCAGCAGGAUUUGACUCAGCCAUUGGGGACCCUGAGGGGCAGAUGCGGGCCACACCAGAGUGCUUCGCCCACCUCACACAGCUGCUGCAGGUGCUGGCCAAUGGCCGGGUUUGUGCCGUGCUGGAGGGUGGCUACCACCUGGAGUCCCUGGCCAAGUCAGUGUGCAUGAUGGUACAGGCACUGCUGGGUGACCCUGUACCCCCGCUGUCCGGGCCUAUGGUGCCAUGUCGGAGUGCGCUGGAGUCCAUCCACAGUGUCCGGAUGACCCAGGCCCCCUACUGGAUGAGCCUCCAAAAGCAAGAUGUGGCCACCGUGCUGAGUCCUGGCAGCCACUCCCCAGACGGGACACUUGCAACUCUGCUGCCUGGAGGACCCACAUGCGAGGCAGCAGCAACUACACUGAGCUCUUUUCUGGACCCGCUGCACCUCUGCCCCAUACCCCCUAUCCGCACGGCCGUUGCCCUGACUGUGCCAGAUGCCACCUUGCCCCUGCCCCCUGGUGUGCUGUGUCAGGAGGGCUCAGCACCAAGGGAGGAGACAGAAGCCUGGGCCAGACUAUACAGGUCUUUAGCCCAGGAUGAGGCCCUUGAUGCACUUGGGAAGCUCCUGUACCUUUUCGAUAGGAUCCUGGAUGGGCAGGUGAGCAGUGGCAUCACAGCCACCCCUGCCUCUGCUGCAGAAGCCAUCCUGGAUGUGGCCAUUAGGCGAGCUCUGUGCCAUAGAGCCCAGAGGUUGUUCUGUGUGGCCCUGGGACAGCUGGAUUGGCCUCCAGACCUUGCUGAUGACGGGAGGAUUCUGUGGCUGAACAUUGGGGGCAAGGAGGCAGUUGCCUCAUCCAUGUUUCACAUCUCGACACCACUGCCAAGGACGACUGGAGGGUUCCUGAGCUGCGUCUUGGGUCUGGUGCUGCCCUUGGCCUAUGGCUUUCAGCCUGACCUGGUGCUGGUGGCACUGGGGCCUGCCCAUGGCCUGCAGAACCCCCAUGCUGCUCUCCUGGCUGCAAUGCUUCGUGGGCCAGCAGGGGGCCGAGUCCUGGCCCUCAUUGGGGAGGAAUCCACACCCCAGCUGGCAAGCACGCUGGCCCGCGUGCUGCACGGAGAGGCACCUCCCAACCUAGGCCCUUUCUUGAUGGCCUCUCCAGAGGAUAUCCAGGCCCUGCUGCACCUGAGAGCGCAGCUGGAGCCCCGGUGGAAGAUGCUGCAGGUGGCCGGUGAGGCCCUGGGCAGCGGUGGCUCUGAACCAGCUGCGCAGAGCCAGCCGACUGCGCGCCCCUUCCCCGCCGCCCCACCUGGGCCGCCCUUCUGGGUAGCUUGAAAUCGGCCGAGACGGGCCACUGUCACUCGGGAAGCACCGCGCGCGCCGGCCCCGAGAGCCGGAAGCUGGCGUUCCCCGCGGCCGGCCUGAGGCCUCGUGCGGCCGCCCGCGCUCCCUCUCCCUUAGUAAACGGUUAAAGGAA